AUGAGUUCGUCGGAAACAGCGGGAUCGAUGGAGGCACCCGCUGAGGACCGUAUCAGCCUUCUCCCGGACUGCUUGCUGGGCACCAUCGUCUCCCUUCUCCCAAUCAAGGAAGCAGCCCGCACCACGCAACUCUGCCGCCGCUGGCAAUCCAUCUGGCCGUCCCUGCCUCUCGACCUCGACCUCAACGCGGACAAGUCAGGUAUCCCCUGCACCGGCCGGUCCAUCUCACGCAUCCUUUCCUCCCACCGUCCCGGGGCGCAUAUCCGGAGCUUCAGCGCACGCACCCGUGUUGACGAGACAACCGCUGGCUGGCUACAAGCACUAGCGCACAAGCGCAUUGACGGUAGCCUCCUCUUGGGCUUCGCCUUCGACGGCGCGCGCCAGCUGCUUCCCCUUGACCUACUGGCCACAUGGAGUCUCCGGUGUCUGUUUCUCCAUAGGUGCCGCCUCGUCGACCCUCGUCCUCGAGCGCCUUUGACCCUGAAUCACCUGGAUAGCUUGACACUAGACGACGUGAAGAUCUCGGAGACAUCGUUGCACCGGAUCAUUGCUGGCUGCCCGGUCCUGCGGCGGCUAUGCCUCUCCAGAGUCCGUAGCCUCCGCCACCUUGUGCCCUGCUCGCGCACGCUAGUUGACGUGCACCUGGCACUGCAUGUCCCACUUGACAAGAUCUCCUUUAGGGACACGCCCAAUAUUGAUAAUAUCGUGCUCUUGUGCGUCGAUGUGUGGCGGCUGUAUCCCAAUAUCAUGGCCGAAGCUGGCCUGCCCUCUAAGCUCCCAACGGUUCACCUCACACUUCCAAUGCUGGACUCGCCAAGCUUUGCCGUCAUGCCUAGGAGUUCAAUACCCAUCGUAACCACCCUCAUUCUCCACAUGAAGUUCAGUGAUUGCGACGAACUGAGCAAGGCUGCCGGCAUGUUAAGCUUAUUUCCAUCUCUGCAGGACCUUCGGAUUUGGUGCCUCAGCUCCGGCUCCAAGGAUAAGCUGGAUGCGUGUGGACCGUGGCCACCGGCAGUAGCCACGACAAUUAUCUGCCUACAUAACCAUCUCAAACAUGUGCGAUUACUAGGGUAUUGUGGCACCAGAGGGGAGAAGCAAUUUGCAAGGUUUCUUAUGGCUGGAGCAAAAGCUCUGACGGGCAUCCAAAUUAUCCAUGCCACUAACUGGAGCCAUCAGAGUAUCAACAAUCAGAGAGACUUUAUAUGUUCACGCGGUAAAGGCUCGUCCAAAGCUCAAGUCAUCUUUCGGAGGAGCAAAACCAUAGACAAGAACAGAAGAAAAGCUGACAGUUUUAUACGCCAAGUUCCUUUUGUUUGA